AUGAACAACACACAUGAUCAAUGGUUCUUGAUGAAAAACAACACUGAUCCUCCUAUUAACACUGUUCCAUUGCUCCAACAACAACAUCAAUCUUCUCGAAUGUUGUCCAAUGUUGUUCAUCAAUCUUCUUCUCCAUCAAAUGGGUUUACUUCAUGUCGCGAUGAAAUCUUGAUCAACAACAACAACAACAACAGCUGGAAUAUGAAUGGUCAUCGUGAUCAUCAUCAUGAUCAUGAUUAUCAUCAAUUGUCUCUUAAUCUUUCUUCCAUGUCCCUUUCAGAUGAAGAUCAUCAUCAACCUAACAACAACAAUGUUGCAAGAAUCCGAGGUAAUAAUGUUGUUGACUCAAACUCAAACUCAAACAUCAACAUCAACAACAUGCCUGGUUUUCAUGAAACUCAUGCAUACAACAACAACAACAUUGUUGAAGAUGAAACACUGACAGCAACAAACCCGACAACUUACCCACGUUAUCAUCAAAACAUGGGUAGUCCUAAAUCACUUUUUGGGGUUUCAUCACUCUCUGAUAUGAAAUGGGGUAUACAAAAAGGUAACACCUUUGCUGGAGUAUCUCAAAUGGGUUCUUCUAUUGAUCAUGGAAAUGGAAUUGGAAACACUCUUUCUUAUGGUCAUUUUUAUGGACAUGGUAGAGGUAGGGUUGUUCCGGUUCAGCUGCAAAACUCAUCUUAUAACAACCUUUAUGAACAACAACAACAACAACGCCUUGUGUGUCCUUCACCAACAAGGUCUUCUUUUGCAAUGGAGAAUGAUUUUCCAGCAAAUCCUAUCAUGUACACUACUCAAAAUGUUGUUAACAAUGCUCCUCCAUCACCACUUUAUUAUCCUUCUAAUAGCCAUUUUCAGCUUCCUCAAUCUCCUUAUCCUACUAGGCCUAUUGAGGAACCAUUGGCUUUUAAAUGUGAUAAUAGUUUCAUUCUUCAAGAGAAUGACAUGAGAAGAGACUGGAAUUCAUUCUUGGGUGGUGCUGGUGCUGGUGCUGGUGCUCGAGUGAUUCCUCAAAUUUCUCAUAAUUUUCCUAUCAGAACUGAAAACACUCGGGCUUUCGUAACAGAUGAUGAGGUACAAGUACAACAACCUUUGAUGAACUUUCUUUCUUCAAAUAUGCCUUUGCCUGCGCUCCAAAGUUACAUGAUUCAUACGGCAAAGGAUCAGAAUGGUGGUCGUCAGCUGCAGAAGUUGGUUGAGGAAGGGUCUAACGAGGAUAAGGAAAUGGUGUUUGAAGGUGUUAUUGAUAACAUUGUUGAGCUUAUGAUGGAUCCUUUUGGGAACUAUCUUGUUCAGAAGUUGCUGGAGUUUUGUAGGGAAGAUCAAAGGUUGCAGAUUGUUCAUAUGUUGACUAAGGAACCUGGUCAGCUAGUCAGGACAUCCUUAAACACACAUGGAACAAGAGUGGUCCAGGUGCUGAUUUCUACUAUCAAGUCAAGGAGGCAAAUUGCCUUAGUGAGAGCAGCAAUUCAACCUGCUUUUCUUGAGCUUGUUAAGGAUCUGAACGGAAACCAUGUCAUACAACGUUGUUUGACAUGCUUUAGUGUUCAAGAUAAUGAGUUUAUUUUUGAUGCUGCAACAAAAUUCUGUCUUGAUGUUUCUACUCAUCAACAUGGCUGCUGUGUGCUUCAAAGGUGCAUUGAUUAUUCGAAAGGGAAGAGUCAAGAAAGGCUUGUCAGGGAAAUCUGCAAGCAUGGCUUUCAUCUUGCUCAAGAUCCAUAUGGAAACUAUGUUGUUCAGUAUAUCAUUCAGAUGCAGAUUCCAAGUGCUAUAGCUAAGUUUACUGCUCAAUUCAGAGGAAACUAUGUUACCCUCUCUACUCAAAAAUUCAGCAGCCAUGUGGUUGAAAAGUGCCUCAAAUACAUUCCAGAGACUAGAGCAAGGAUUGUUCAAGAAUUGUUGUCUGUUCCCCGCUUCGAGUGUCUGCUUCAAGAUCCAUAUGGAAACUAUGUCCUUCAGUGCGCCCUUGACAAUACCAAGGGCUCCUUGCUUACAUCUUUGGUUGACGCAGUCAGAGCGCACAAGAACUUGCGCACAAGCCCCUACUGCAAGAGGACAUUCUCAAAAAUCCAGCUGAAGAAGUGA